AUGAUGGCAUCAAAACUAUCUAUUGGCAGCUUCCUGCUUCGCAUCACCCUUCGACGACUACACGUCUGGAUCAUCUACAUUGUCAUGGUUAUUACCGUCAUGACCGGCGCCGUUUUCUUCUUCGUCACGCUCUUUCAGUGCAACCCCGUUUGGUAUUUUUGGGACAAGAGUGUCUCGGGGGGCACGUGUGUCGACCCCGAAGUUAUCAUGGCCCUCACAUAUCUUUACAGCGUCCUCAGCGUCAUCUGUGACUUUACCUUUGCCUUCCUCCCUAUGUUCAUUAUCUGGAAGCUCAACAUGAACAAGAGAACGAAAUUCGCCCUAUUCCCUAUCAUGGCCAUGGGAUGCGUAGCCAGUGCCGCUGUCCUCGUUCGAUUCCCUUAUAUCAAAGAUUUUAAGAACCCAGACUUUCUCUGGGCCACUCUCGACAUUGCAAUCUGGUCAACUACCGAGCAGGGCCUCGCCAUCACAGCAGGAAGCCUCGCCACCCUUCGUCCCCUUCUACGAACAAUCGGGAAUUCGCUUGGGAUUUCGUGGUCCGGCCCCACGGAACUCGUGGACCCAGUUCAAUCGCCGCCCGCCACCAUCGGCCAGUUCUCGUCAUCCAAGAGAUCGCGGAGGGGCCCAUUCAGUCUUACCACCUUCAUGCGUGACGACGGUGUAGAGCUGCAGUCCAACCCGGAUGAACACAGUGAUCAUAACGGGAGUCAGCCCCCACUAUGGAAAGGACCUGUGGUUUCGACAAAGCAACGAAAGGAUGAAGAGUGGUAA